UGCCAAGUCACGGUUGCUGGGCUUUUCUGAGUUCUCUCUCUCUCUAUUUUUAUUCCAUCGCUAGGAGAGUUCUGACUCGCUCCUGCCCACAGCGAAAGUGGGAUCUGUGCAGCUCACACCCGGCACCUUUACACAUUGGAACUAAAGCACCGCGCAUGUUUGUCACAUGACAAAAGAAAAACUGAACUGGUGUAAUUAGUUUUGCAUUCCUGACAUUCAAGAUACAAAUAUGGGCUCCAAGGUCUCCGUGGAGGAAUCGGUUCGAGUAGUGAUUGUCGGUGGUGGAUUUGCCGGCAUUGCAGCUGCCACUCAAUUGAAAUCCUUUGGAAUUCCUUUUGUGCUGGUUGAUUUGAAGGAUGCAUUUCAUCAUAACGUAGCUGCUCUGCGUGCUUCUGUAGAGAGUGGCUUUGCAAGAAAAACUUUUAUAUCAUAUAAGGAUACCUUUCAAGACAACUUUAUACAAGGCAAAGUGGUUGGAAUAAAUCUUCAGACCCAACGUGUGAUUUUAGAAAGCAAUGAGGAACUUCAGUUUUCUCACCUCAUUAUUGCAACUGGGAGUAAUGGGCCCUUCCCUGGCAAGAUUAAUAAUGUCAUCUCCAAAGACCAAGCUAUUCAGGUGUAUGAAGAUCUAGUUAAAGAGAUUCAGAAGGCUAAGCAUGUGGUGGUAGUGGGUGGUGGAUCUGCAGGAGUCGAGAUGGCGGCUGAGGUUAAGACUGAUUAUCCAGAAAAAGAGGUCACUUUGGUUCAUUCCAAGGUUGCAUUAGCAGAUGUUCAGCUGCAACCAAAGGUUAGAAGAACUGUGAAGGAAAUCCUGUUAAGCAAGGGUGUCAGGCUAAUCCUGGCCCAAAAAGUCACCAAUUUGGACCAAGUAACUUCUAAUGUUGCUCAAGAGAACACGGUGCUACAGUUGGACAAGAACUCAGAGGUGGUAACUUGUGACCUUGUUUUAUGUUGCACUGGAUAUAAGAUCAGUUCUUCAAGUUACAGCAGUGCUUUCGGUGACAAAUUGGCAGAAGAUGGUGCCCUUAUAGUUAAUGACUAUCUCCAGGUGCAAGGACAUGCCAAUGUUUAUGCAGUUGGGGACUGUGCAUACAUUAAUGAACCCAAGAUGGCGUAUUAUGCAGGCAUUCAUGCCAGAGUGGCUGCAACCAAUGUUCGGAACAGCUUAAUUGGGAAGUCACUUAAAACAUACAAACCAGGGGCUCUUUCUAUGCUCUUAUCAAUGGGACGAAAUGAUGGAGUCGGACAGUUCAAUGGAUGCUAUUUAGGUCGUUUUUUUGUGACCAUGGCUAAAAGUCGUGAUAUUUUUGUUUCAAAAAGCUGGAAGGAAAUGGGCCAAACAAUGCCUCGUUAAAUAUGAAGCUCGGAGACUGGAUGAAAUCUUGUCAAUAAGUUCCUUAUGAAGUAUGUUUGUGUACGUAACAAGUUGCACACAAUUGAAGACACUUUAAAACCUACCAGCUAACACUACCUCAAACCUAGAAAAUGUUCUUUUUAAUCUGCAAAUAACUGUUCUCUGAGAAGGAUUUUAGGAAAUUCACAUUAUUGCACUGGAUAUUCUUAUAUUCUUAUCUUGGAAAAAUGUACAAGAAUUUCAGUAAAAACUUGAGGUGAUCCAAGCAACAGGACCAUAGGUACAGCCAUUGUUACAUGAUAUUUUUAUGUUGUAGUCUCCUGUUACAUUGGAGAUUUAGUAUUCACAUUAUUAUAGGUUUAAAAAAAAAUACUGUUUUUAGUUUUUAGUUUUCUAGGAAACUUGAACCCUAAAAUUGAAUAUGGCUAGAAAGGCCAUACUUUAAAUAAUAAACUUAACACACCAGCCUAAAGUUUUAGCAUCUCUAUCUUAGUAAUGAUCCAGGCCUUCAAAGUUGGCCUGUCGGAGACACAUGCUCAGUUGGCUCUGGGCAGCUGCUGAGAAGCUCAGCUUACGGGUCAUUACAAAUUAUCAAGCAGAAAAUGAGGUUUGCUUGUCAUAGGUUGAUGCUACAGGGCUGAUUUAUAAAUUUGGAUGCAAAGUACAGUGGUUUCAGAGCUGCCAUUUACUAAUAAUCUGAAUUAUUAUACCAUUUAUAGUUAAUAUAUACAUUAUUUUUUUGAGUAGGUCCCUUAUCUCAGGAAAGUGACCGCAGCACAGAGCAUGUGCAGUGAAUCAGCAGAAGAGAAGAUGGGGAGCUACUGGGGGCAUCUUUAGGGGCACAGAUCCCCGCUAAAGGGCUGUGGUUGUUUUGGGCUGGUAACAUAGCCCAAAAUGUAUUGUGUAGCAUUUCUGCCCUACUUCUUUGUUUAAGCUUUAUUUUUCCUUUUAAAGGAGUAAACAUACAGUAUGUGCUUGCUCCUACUGCUGCUGUCAGGGCCAUGAGCAAAAUUUCAAUAGUGGGAACCACUGCCCCAAUAAAUCUGUGAUGGAAUAACCCUCAUGCUCAUAAAGUACAAUAUAGUAAGGCAGGCAGUAAAGAAAAGGUCUGCACUUACUGAAGUAGAUAGGGUCCCCAGAUGUGCUGCCCUGGGCCAACAGCACUGGGAGCAGAACAAUGACAAAAUGCUGAUGCGACAAGAAAUGGCAAAGAAUUAAAUUAACACUGUAGAGCUCUUCCAACUGAUCUCUGCAGGAUGCUUUUGCCAAAGUCAUCCUGGAGCAAGUGUGCCCUCUAUGUUGGGGGGUCCUGGACAAAUGCCCCUUUUGCCAGUUUAUAAAACCAGCCCUGGCUGUUGUAUGCGUUAAUAGUGAUGAGCGAAUCUGUCCCAUUUCGCUUCACCAUAAAAAAAAAUUUUACGUGACCAUGGGCAAUUUUGAUGAAAUUUUUUUUUACACACGGCGAAUUUUCAUGGAAGUUUUGCGAAACAAUUCGCCAAUGGCGAAAUGCGGGAAAUCGAUGCGAAUCUGUGCUUGCCAAAAAAAUUCGCUCAUCACUAUGCGUAAACUUUCCUAUUAUCAGUUUCUUGUAAGCCCCUAAUUAAUCUAAUCACAGAUUCACAGUGCUAUAAAAAAAGCCAAGAACACAUACUAGAGUCUUGUACAAGGUUACACUGUACAGUAAAUAACAUUUUCCUAGAUUCCACUGAAAAAUAUAUAUACAUAUUGUAUAUAUACUGUAUAUUCCUUUUUUUAAUAAUCACCCUCAAAAUUUAUAGCCGGGAAAAUCAUAGGCACUGCUUAACCCCCAACUGGAUUAUAGGUACUGUCUCAGAAAGUUCCAGAUUCAGGAAUAAUUUCUAUCCUAGGGUAGUAAAACAUCUGUUUGUAGCCCAGAGCUGCCAAAUGGCAACCAACAAUAUCCCAAACUAGUCCAAGGUGGUAUCUUAUACUAUCGGAUACAGUGAUUACUUGUGUGUAGAUAUGUAGGUUAUAUAAAAACAAACUAUUUAUCAUACAAUCUAUCAUGUUGUUACAUAUUGAAUUGUGCCUGUCCCAUGGAAAUAUUACCUAUGUACCUAGUACAAUAAAGCGCAAUAAAGUUGCAAUAUGGUCUUUACAUCUCACUUAAGGAAUUAUGGAAGAAACAAAUUGCUCUUUUUUUCCCUGUGAGCUAUAAUGCAUCAAUAACCUCUGGUUUAUUAGUAAAGAUACAGGCUUUUUAUGUUUUUAAAAAGCAUGCUGAGAAUGUAAAAGGGCAUAUAUUGUAUUUAUAUAUAUAUUGUGAGUGCAUUUUUGUGAGUUCCAAAUGCAACCAUCUUCUCUGUUGUGCUAUGAACACGCCAAGAGCAUAAAAAUGCAGUAUGUUGCAUUUAAAAAAAAUACAAUGAAACACAAAUGUAAUAAAACGCAGUUCUGAAUGCACAAGAGUAAAAAUGGGCACAGUAUAUAAAAUCCAAUUAGAUGUUGUGUUUGGGUGCGGUCAGACCUGCCUCUCAAACACAUGUUAAACGUGAAAAAAACCACCCAUGUCUAACUUGCAUUAGGGUGCUGUCCCAGGUCCAGCUGCACAGGAAGGGUGGCCAAGGGGGCACUUGCAGGGGCAUACCUUUAGUGCCAUCUGUUUUGUAAGACUCUAAAUGACUGGAUCUUAUUUUAAUUUUUUUCAUAUUAUUCUAAUAUUUUUCUUCAUUUUUUGCCAUUAAGCUUUAUAUUUAUUCAAACUCUAGAUUAAUUGAAAAUAGUGUAUUAUCACUGCUCACAACCCUUUAAAUAUAUACUUGUGGGUAAUAUCCUGUAAACACAGUCCAUAGAAUAAGAAGGGGUUUAGGAACAUCCUUGCAAAUAACAUUUUACUGUGCAGUAACUGUCAGCAUUUUUGCUUUAUUGGUUGACUCAUAAAUCAGUACUGUUUUUUACUG